AUGAGGACCUACGACGACACCUUCUCAGGCCAGAAGAUCUACCCAGGCAAGGGCAAGCUCUUCGUCCGUGGCGACAGCAAGAUCUUCCGCUUCCAGAAUGGCAAGACCGAGUCGCUCUUCCUCCAGCGCAAGAACCCCCGCCGCAUUGCGUGGACCGUUCUCUGCAGGAGACAGCGCCGCAAGGGUAUCACCGAGGAGCAAGCCGCCAAGCGCCGCCGUAGGGCAGUCAAGUCUCAGCGUGCUAUCGUUGGUGCAUCGCUCGAUGUUAUCAAGGAGCGCCGCUCGAUGAGGCCAGAGGCUCGCAACGCCGCUCGCGCACAGGCUAUCAAGGAGGGCAAGGAGAAGCGUACCGCUGCUCAGUCCGCAAAGAAGGCAGAGAAGGCAAAGACCGCCGCCAACCAGGCCAAGGGUGGCGCUACCGGCCGUGUCGUCGGCAAGCAGGCCGCCAAGGGUGCCGCACCAAAGGUCAAGGCCACCACCCGCUAA